AUGAAAACUGAUAACGAUGCCAAUGAUCAACAGCCCAAUCCAGUUCAUCGACCUUCUCAUAUGGAAAAUGAACUAUCGUAUUUCGAAGUUGCACCGACAAGUCACGAUUCAUCAAUUUCAUUGCAGAAUCAUACGAUGAAGCAGAGGGGUAAGGCGUCGCCUCCAUCAAACUCAGGAACCACUUCAGCCAGUACUGGGACGCCCUCAAGCUAUGGUGGAGUUUCAUCUGGAGACUAUUUGCACAUCAAACGAACAACACCCUCUCCACCUCUGCCGCGUCAUACAGAUACAUCGCAAGCAGACCAAACGUGGUCAGCUGCAGUUCCAGACUAUCCUCCACCGCCUUUAGAACAUUUACCGCAACUUGCUGGCAAGAAAUGCAGUUCAAGCACGUAUCCGUCAGCUAUCAAACUGUUGGUGUCAAACAAUGUAGCAGGAUCAAUCAUUGGCAGAGCAGGGCAAACAAUUUCUGAAAUGCAAACUCAGUCAUCUGCUCGGAUAAAACUGAGUCAAACUGGUGACUACUAUCCAGGGACACAAGAUCGCGUUUGUCUAGUGCAGGGGAAACUGGAAACUGUGAAGAGUGCUAUUGGAAUACUCCUGAAACGAUUUCAUAAGCUGCAGGAACAGCAACAUUCCCAGCAGGUCUCGUGCUUUCCACAGAAAGGAGAGGAUGAUGGCCAGAAAACUGAGUUUGAAUUUAUCGUCCGACUGCUAGUGCCUAGCUCAUGUUGCGGGAUGAUAAUAGGAAAAGGGGGAGCAAAUAUCAAGCGAAUGGAGGAAACAUCCGGCGUUUCAUCCAUACGACUAUCACCAAAAGACACCCCAGAUCAAAGUCCUUCCGCAGCCUCUGUGGUUGCAGGGACAUUGGAGCGCGUUGUCACGCUGACUGGGCCUUCACUUGAGAGCUGCUUAGACUGUUUGUGCAGCGUUAUCGACUGCAUGACAAUGCACCAAGACAUUUCUCGUUACACAAAUAUGACGACAAGUUAUACAAGAGUUGUUCAUCCUACUUCGUUCAACCCGACAACUCCAGCAGGGCGACCUGUGCUGCUGAAUCCUGGAGAGGGUGUUGUUUGGGAAGGUUCAGAACAAUUUGGUCCGUUCGUUCCCGGGAGAUCAAAUUCGUCACCAGAUCUGUUGGGACAGAUGAUAUGGGAUCAACGAGGCCAUCUCCAGCGGUUACCAAACGAAUCACCUAGGGGGGAGCCUCUGCAACAUUACAAUUCUUUCUUCGAAGGCCCACCGACCUACACGCAUGAGAUGACGCCUAUAAUGCCUCCUCAAAUACGCGGACCUCCAGGGGAUACAGGUUCAACAUCAAUGUAUCUUCCUUCGCCUCCAGCGUUGAACCAAAUAGAUGAUACUGCAUUACAGCAUAGCUCAUCAAGCCCAGACGUUGCUUCGCAACUGCGAGACUCAUUGCAAAUUUCAAGCAGUCUACCUCAAACCCCGGCCAGCUACGCUCAGUUUCCUCAUCAAAUGCCUCAGCAAACUCCACAUGGUUUCACAGCUCAAAUCUUGGUUCCAGACACGAUGAUUGGAUCAAUCCUUGGUCGAGGAGGCAGAACUCUGAACGAGUUACAAGUGCAUUCAAAUACUCGGAUUCGGAUCAGCCAACGUGGAGAGUACAUGCCGGGAACAAGGAAUCGAAUUGUAACCAUUCGAGGGCCAACGUCACAAAGCGUCAGCUUUGCGCAACACUUGAUCAACCAACAGAUGGUCCUUCCUCCUACAGCAAAUUUCUCCCAGGCAGGCUUGUAUCCGUCGCAUGCUACACCACAGCAAGGACAAUUAUCCCUAGUUCCACCACCUUUACCAUCACAUCAAUACGACGCGAACCAAACGCUGUAUGCAACGACACAAGAGCAUGCUUCAAAUCCUGCCCACAAUAUACAGCAAGGCCAUGCCAAACCUGAUUCUCCAUAA